AUGGGAUUCAAGGCGCCAAUACCAGCCCCUCCUCCAUUCGCAGACGCGGCUCGAAAUCUCCUCAUUGCGUCCGUGUGCCGUCAUUGGCGUCGCCUAGCGAAGCGUCGCGUGACCACGCUCUCCGUGAAAGAGGACCUCCUUGUGUCCCUCCAAGACCUCUCAGCUGCCGUCGCGUGCUUCCCCAACCUCACCCAUCUGCAUCUCAGCGACAACAGCGUUGAGACGCUCAACGACGCCUUUCUUGCUCACCUCGCUUCUUCAUGCCCCAAGCUGACGACUCUCCACGUGGGGUGGAGCUUUCCAGUGGGGUGGAUCUUUCCAUUGGCCGGCCAAGGUGAUGCCAGUUUUGAGUAUUAUCUCAGGAAGGAGGAGCGUCCCAUAUCAACGGACGGUUUGGAUCGCUUCUUCUUAAAACUCCCUCGGUUAGAGCAACUUUCCAUCUUCUCCCCCCACCAAGCAACAAAGCUACCGGGUUCCUUCUUUCAGUUGAGGCAUCUCCGCACCCUUGUCCUCCACGACGCAAGUGCCUUGAAAAAUGCUGAUUUCGCAAGCCUAACAACGCUUGCCACCGUUUGUGUCGCCUUUCCGUGGAAUCUUCAGGACCUGGCCACCCUCUUCCUCCUCCCACGACUCGCCCAUCUCUCCACCUUUGCCCCAUACCAGAGCCCUCAGCCCUUGGCGUGUGCUGCACGCAUAGUGCCGCCGUCUUGCCUCAAGUCUCUCGCUUUUGCAGUUUCGUGUCCUGAGUUUGACAUCGUCUUCCCAUCAGCACCGCCGUUCACCGGCCUAGAGGAGCUGCUUAUCGAAGACUGCACUGGGCUCACGAGCCUACCUCACCACAUUGAUGAGUCGCUGCCGUGUCUACGCAAGCUCACCACCAACCACUGCGAGCAUCUUGUCGACCUGCCUCAAAGCUUCGCGUCUCUCAGUCGUUUGGAAACCCUCGUAUUACGUGGUUGCAAUCGCCUUACCUUGCCCAGCAACUUCGGUGACCUCCCUGCCCUCAAACUGUUGGUGCUGGAGUUUCUGACUCUCUGGGAACUCCCUCCUUCCUUCUGCCAUCUCUCGUCACUCGAGGCACUCAUUAUAGCUGGAAGCACCGGUGAGGAUUUCCAGCUGCCAGCAGGUUUCUGCGGCCUCACAGCUCUCAAGGCUUUAUUCAUCGCCGAGUCGGAUCUUGCCUUGCCGGAAGACGUAGGGGCCCUUGCCAGUCUCAAGGCUCUCAAGCUGGUCACUUACGCACAGCCCUUUCCUGCUUCAUUCACACAGCUGUCUUCCUUGACGAGCCUUGAUCUGAAUAACUGGGGGCUCGAGACCGAGCUGCCGGAAGCCUUGGGGGAACUGAGCAGCCUACAGGAGCUGAAGAUUCAAACCCUGCGCUUGGGCGGCCUUCGGAAAGGCUCUUCUCAUGUCAUCGACAUCUCCCAGCUGUUGCAACUGAGGGAGCUGGAGCUGGGCGGGGUUAGGAUGCGGUGCGGGCCUGCAGAGGGUGGGAGGCUGCCGUGCUUGGAGCAGCUGGAGCAGCUGGGGAUGGGUUUUACAUGCCGAGGGUGGGAGCUGCCAAUCCCCCUCAUCGUUUUCCCCCACCUCCGCCACUUGACGACUUGCGCAGAUGAAGCUUACAGCCUCCCGGGGAACAUGGCAGCAGCGUUGCCGCAGCUGCGGCAGCUGAAGCUUCUUCGUUGGCAUUCGGAAGAGCUGCCAGGAAGCGUAGUGGAGAUUACCUCGCUGACGUCACUCACUGUUGAAGCACCUCAGCUGACGUCACUACCUCAAGGCAUGAGGCGCCUGUCUCGGCUGCGCAAACUGGAGCUGAUUCGCUGCACCGCCUUGCAGCACCUCCCGGAGUGUCUCACCCAGCUGCACCAGCUGAUACUGCGUGACACCUCCAUCACCUCCCUCCCUGCCAAUCUGGUGCAGCUGACCAGGGAGCGCUGA